GCUAAAGCAAAAAUAAAUUGAUUCUGCUUGAGUGUAAAAAUAUAAUAAAAUAAAUUGUCGUGUCGUAAUCGAAAAAGUUGAAAUGCUACCUGUCCUAUCACUUGGCGAUGUCAUCCUUGGAUUAUCAAAAUUUUUCAAAACAAUGCAUGGAUUGUGCUGCUUUUAUAAGCUACUACUACUUGCCCUAUUUCUAUCGAAUGCAAUUGGUUUUAACUCACCUCAAGUAUUUCAAUACUACAAGAGCACCAAGUAUACCAUUUCCAAACCGUGGCGUGGUAAGCCGAAUAUUUUUGAAAAACUACCUGAUCGCAUGAAUAUAUUUAAGAAAAAUCCCCCUCCGCCAAAACGUGAAGCAAACAUUCCGAAUGCUUACUUUUACAACGUGGUUAAUAAUGCCAACACGGCACUCACUGCGCCAAAUAAUCAAUUUUUCCAAUUACAACCAAAUUCGCAUGUUAAUAAUACUGAUGUUUAUAAUAUAAUGGACAAGAGAAAAAACGAGAAGGUUACGCCCACAAAGCGGCCAGAGGGUUCAUUUUGUCGGCGCAGCUUUGAUGGACGCGCCGGUUACUGUAUAUUGGCUCACCAGUGUCUACAUGUGAUAAAGGAAUAUCGAGAGCAUGGCACUAAGAUUGACUUGUGUACGCAUCGACAAAAUGUACCGGUCAUCUGCUGUCCAUUGGCAGAAAAACAAUUGGAAACACAAAGCAUCAGCGCGAAAAAAUGCCAGCAAUAUAAUGAUAUUAUUGAAGGCGUUAAGUUUGAUAUUCAUCGAACAUUUUCUGGGAAAACUUGUGUGCCCAGUUUACCCUUGAUUGUUGGCGGACAGGUCACGAAUGAAGGCGAAUAUCCACAUAUGGCCGCAUUGGGUUGGACUAAGAUAGAUGAGGAGAUACGUUGGGGUUGCGGCGGCACAUUGAUAAGUGAACGGUAUGUUCUCACAGCAGCUCAUUGCUCUACAGCCAGCGAGAAUCCGCCCGAUAUCGUUCGUCUAGGUGUGCCAAAUCUGUUUCUAAUCUCAACUGAAGCUCAGGACAUACGCAUUGCCAAAAUUAUAUUGCAUCCGAAAUAUCGAUCGUUUGCUUAUUAUCACGAUAUUGCAUUAAUGAAAUUAGCACAACGAGCGAAAAUAACUCCGAAAGUGCGUCCUGCAUGUCUUUGGCAAUUGCCAGAUUUGGAUAUAUCUACUUUGGUAGCCACCGGUUGGGGCCGCACUAAGUUUCGUGGUUCACGAUCUGAUGAGCUACUCAAAGUCGAUUUGAAUAUGAUUAAUCAGAAUUUAUGUAAAAAGCUAUACAAGAAAGAACGCCGUCUGUCAAAUGGUAUUUUGGAUGAGCAGUUCUGUGCCGGUCAUAUGACUGGUGGAAAAGACACGUGUCAGGGUGACUCUGGAGGUCCAUUGCAUGCUGAACUACCCGAAUUAAAAUGUGUUAAAUUCGUGGUUGGCAUUACAUCGUUUGGAAAAUUUUGCGCGAAAUCCAAUGCGCCAGGAGUUUAUACCAAAAUUUAUCCAUACUUGGAUUGGAUUGAGGGCAUUGCAUUUAAGGACGAGUGAAAUAGUAAUUUAGGGGCAUAUCAUGGCUCUGUCAAUAAAUUAAAUCGAAAUGAGAUAAACCCCCCUAUUCUAACAAAGUCACAAAAUUAGCGCAUUACUAUUGUGAUUAUUACUGUGCCU